AUGAGCAGUCAAGCAACUGAUUCAACCAUCAAGCCAGAAGCAGUCGACCCACUAGGAAUCGGCGCUCCGUUACCUUUGGCCCAUGUCCUCUCCGAGCCAAAGGUACAUCCAUCUUCACCACAAGCUCCAACGCAUGUCAAAAUAUACCUCCAAGAUGACUGCUUGAAGCACCGCUUCAUCCGCUCACGAGAUGCCUCGAGCAUUGUGGAGCGACCCGAACGUUUACGCGCCGUCAAGAUUGGACUCGCUGCUGCCAUAGCGCGUAUCGAAGAGGCCGAAGGUGCUCUAAAGCCCUCGGAUGCAAACUUUUCUGUGGAGGUUGAGCUGGCUGCUGCCCUCGACAAGAUGAAUAUCGCUGCAUCCGAUGGUGGGCUUAUCCGAGCCCGAAGUAUCUCUGUCACAAGAAGUACAGCUACUGUUGAUCUGUUAGAUAACGCCGCCGUGAAAUACGUUCAUGGGGAUAUAGAUGGGGAUGUGUAUCUCCAGAACUUGAAGGCAUGGGCUCGGGAUAGCGAAGAGAAUAUUACUAAGAAGGGGUCUGAAAUGCCGGAGGGGACGCCACCACUCGACCUGUACCUAUGUCCUUCCUCCAUUGAUGCUAUUCAAGGUGCUAUUGGAGCUGUUUGCCAAGCGGUAGACGCCGUCAUCGCAUCUACUGGCAAAAAUGCCCCCGCUGUAGCUACCGACCCUCAACGAGCAUUUGUAGCAGUUAGACCGCCAGGCCAUCAUUGUGGUGAAGAUACCCCUUCUGGAUUCUGUUUUGUAAAUAAUGUAGCGAUUGGUGCAGCUCACGCACACCUCAAGCAUGGGAUUCAACGUAUUGUUAUAUUGGACAUUGAUUUGCACCAUGGUAAUGGCACGCAGUCAAUAGUGUGGCAAAUAAACGAGGAGACCUACCAACAGACGCUUGAAUCUGAACAGUUGCCUUCGGACUCCGACGUACCGCCUCAAAAUCGCGGUCCGCAGAUAUACUAUGGUUCGAUACAUGAUGUUCUCUCUUUCCCAUGCGAGGACGGUAAGGCGACAUUCGUUCAAGCCGCGUCAACGUCAAUACACGGUCCGCAUGGACAAUACAUCGAGAAUAUACAUCUACAGACUUACAACUCCGAAGCAUACUUUUGGGAUGUCCUCUACAAAGAACAAUAUUCUGUACUGCUGAAGCGAGCAUCAGAGUUCCUUGACAGUACUGGCGGGCCAGGAGAUGAUGUCUUGGUGUUCAUCAGUUGCGGGUUUGAUGCCUGUGAACACGAGUAUCCAAGCAUGUCUCGUCAUAAUCGAAAGGCCCCUACAAGUUUCUACCACCGAUUUGCUCUUGACACGUGCGCUAUUGCCAAUGUUUAUGCUCGUGGACGCGUCGUGAGCGUGCUGGAAGGCGGGUACAGCGAUCGUGCGCUAAGCAGCGGGGCAAUGGCACAUAUAUGUGGACUCGUUGGGGAGACCGUGGAAGUGGAUGAGAGGUGGUGGAACUUGGAAAAUCUCAUCGAGCUUGAGAAAGCCACAAAGGCCCGCAAAUUCGGGAGCCCUUCGCUGGGGAACACCAACCGCGAACCGUGGCUUACGCGUACCUCAGAACUCCUCUCUCAUUUCGACCUCUACCGGACCCCACCACAGCCUUCGCGGAACAGGGCUGCCCCGACAUCGCGGACCCUGCGCGAGCGCAAGAAACUUUCGGGAAACAGCAGUACACCCGAGGUGGCUAGUAAGCCUGACAAGGACACACACACAUCGGUGCCUGUAUCCAAUAGUUUGUCGAUUUCUGCAUCCGCGUCCGAGAGUGAGGUCAUGAGGCCUCUCUCUGCAAAGAAGCUGCCUCGAGUGAUUUUGCAUGUCAAGCCGCCUGAGAACACGUCGUAA